AUGUACUUACGUCAUGUUUUUUUAAACUUGAAAUCGAUUGUUUAUCUACGUUCUCAAACAAUCGACAAAUUUAUUCAUCGUUCAUUGACACAUCAUAUUGAUAAAUAUGAAAAAUCAAAUUCAAUAAAAUUCUCUCAUGAAGAAACUAAUCCUAACAAAGAAAAAAGUGACAGUAACUUAGUUGUAGUGCCAAAAGGUGCUCGAAAAGCUGCACAGGAAGGAUUAUCAUUUGUUGAGAAAAUCAUCAAAAAAUAUUUACCAUCUCGUAUUAAUUCACUUCUUAUUCUUGUUCUCGCUGGUAUUGGUUAUGUAAUUAUAGCGCAAGCAAAAAAUGAUUAUGAAAUUAAACGAACAUUUCGUAAUGGUUCUUGUCCAACUUAUAAAUUUAGAGAAGAACAAUUACUCGAACGAAAAGAAUUAUUAGAUACACUUUUGUCAAUUGUUAAACCUGUUACUAAUAAACUUGUAUCAUCAUAUUAUAUUGUAGUUGGUGAUCAUGGAACUGGAAAAACAACAUUAAUUCGUCAAGCAGCACGACAAGUUGGUCGAGGUGUUAUUUAUGUUGAUAUUCCAUAUAAUGUUGAAAAAUUUGGUUAUGCAUUUGCACGUGCAAUAAAUUUUCAUUUUAAAGAACAUAUUCUUCUAUCAGCAUGGAUUGAAUCAAAAAUGUUUGGUUCACCACCUGAUGAUGAUAAACAAGAAAGUUGGGAACGUGCAUUAAUUACAUUUGAAAAAUAUGCAAUUGAUUUUAAAAGAAAAUAUGAUUGUGUACCAAUAUUAAUUUUUGAUAAUUGUGAUUCACUUGCACAAAAAGAUAAGAGAAUGCUUGAAAUAUUACAAGAUACAGCAAAGACAGCUAUUGAUGAUUCAACAUGGAUUACAGUAUUUGUUGGAUCAAUUGGAGAAGCACCAGAACAAAUGGAAGGUCGAAGUAGUAUUACUCGUGCUGCAUCAUUUAUUGAAAUAGCAGAUCUAUCAGAAAAAGAAGCAAUAACUUAUUUAACAGAAAAACGAAAUUUAUCACAAGAUAUGGCGAAAGAUAUUUAUGCACUUUUUGGUGGCCGUAUUAAACGUUUACAAAAUGCUGCAAGUAAAAUCGAAAGUGGUACAUCAUUUUCUACUAUUCGAAAAGCAACUUUAAAUGGUAUAGCACGUCGAAUAGAAAAAAUUCGAUGUCGAGUUAGUAAUCAAGAAGAAGCAUUUAUUUUUAAUAUUCUUUGUGGUUUAUUAAAUCGAUUUGAAGUAACUGUUGAUGAUUUAAUUGAAAUGGAAAAAGAUGUUAAUAUAAGACAAAAAAUUUUAGAAGAACUUCGUAAUGAAACAAUUCUUGCUCGAAAUGUUACAAAUGGUGCAUAUGUAUUCCAUGAACAAGCAACAAAAAUGUGUGUUAAGGAAUUUUAUGAAGAAAAAAGAUGUUUUCCUUUUUUAUUAAUCGAUGUAUCGAUCAAGGAAAUAAAAUAUAAUGGUAAUCAAGCAAUAAAAAGAAAAUAA